AUGGAACUGGAUAAUUAUUCGGUGAAAGUUGCGAUGAAGAAUUCAAAAAAGCUGGAUGAGAUGCUCGAUGAAUCAAAAAACAAUGAAGCGAAUAAGGUAAAAAAAGGAGAUGAUUCAGGAAGUAGAAUUCAUGAGUCACCUACGUCAUGCCAAUAUCACUGCGAAUUGCCAGCGAUCGAGUACCUAUUCUUCUUAUCAUCGAAUUCUGCAAUGGAGGCACUUUGGAACAACAUCUGA